UCCACAACUACGGUCUCCUCAACGAAAAUACCUUCGUGUGGAUUUGAUCAAUUCCACUGCACAAACGGCAGAUGUAUCGAUAGCGUUAUGGUUUGCGACCGUAACGACGACUGCGGAGAUGGGGCAGACGAGAAAAACUGUUCCUGUCGCAGCGAUGAGUUGAGAUGCGCCAAUGGGAAGUGCGUCGAUAACCUUUGGAAAUGUGAUGGUGAAGAUGACUGUGAAGAUGGCACGGACGAGCUGAAUUGCGACGGCCCUCCUUCAGGUAAUAACAAAUAAAUUAUUAAAUAAACAACGACAACAAAAAAUACUGUAUUUAAGUGUCAGUUCGUUUAAGAGCGAACUGCUAAUUGCUGACACUUUUACAUUCCCUACUGUAGGCCAGUCUGUUUACAGAGGUUUAUUAUUAUUAUUCAGUCAAAAUUUUUCUUCUAUUCUGAUUUGCUAGUACCCCGCGAUUAUUCUCCAUAAAUAGUAAGAGUUGACCAAAUUUCGAAGAUGUUUGCAGAUAUCAGUUAAAAGUGUCUCACUUUAAAGAUAAUUGAUAGAAAAAGGUACCGCAGAAGCCGCUUUUAAAAAACAGCCAGUUUCGCACAGCUGAAAAAAAAAAAAGAUUGAUUUCAAACGUAAUGCGACCAGAAAUAACAGAAAGGUUAGGUAAAAAUAUUUUCUUAAGUUGGGGGAUAUUUUGAAUAAUAAAGACCCUCCCCAAACUGCGUAAUCCUUAAUAUUAUACUUCGCCUCGUCUGUUAAUUGCCAAACGAUAACCCUUAAUUUCUUGUCUCAGUGACCUUCAACUGCUCUGUUAACAACGGAGGAUGUGAUCACAAAUGUACCGAGCUCUAUGUUGGCGACAGGAAAAACAUCCAGUGCUCGUGCAAGCGAGGUUACACGCUACAGGCGGACGGUAUAAGCUGUUUUGGUGAGGAUUAAGGAUUGUUUCGUUUACACAGGGACUGAAAAUAUAGGGGCCAGGGCCGAGUUGUUCAAAGCUGGGUUAAGAUAACCCCGGGUUAGUGCGAGAUUUGAAUUAAGAUUUGAAAGCGUAAAAAUCAUUUCAGUUUUAAUGUUUUUUUGUCUACAAGUUGAUGAUUGGAAGCUCUAAAAUAUCAGAGAAAAUUAUCCGAGAAAAAGCUUUUGAACAUAAGAAAAAGAAACCCGGGUUAAAUUUAACCUCGGGUUAAGCGCUAAUCAGCCUUCGAACAACUGGGCCCAGGGGCCCGUUUCUCGAAAGUCCCGAUAAUUAACGGGCCCGUAAAGCUGUUGUUGUUUACAUACAAGAUAGAGGUUUCAACAGUUUUGCAUCUAACACGACAAAACCAUCAGUUCAUGAAACAAAAUGGAAUAGUUUUCUAGCCAGGACCCGCGCUCUUAUUCUUUAUAUUUCGAUUGGAAUAUUUGAUUUCGGGCCCGAAAAGUUACCGGGUCUUUCAAGAAACGGGCCCCAGGAGGGGCAGCCGGCCCGCUAAUUACCCCUUUCAGAGUGGACAAUGUUGUAAGGCGAUUCUAACGUUUGAGUCUUUGGGCAAAAUUCUAUGCUGUUACCAUGGAAAUGAAACCUCUUUGGCCAAACGUAAGCUUAGCACUACAGUGUUCAGUUUGUUUUCUGUAUUUCACAAAGUGAAAUUUGGAAAUUUUGUCGAAUUUUGACUUUGGCUUCUUCUGGCCAUAGUUAUUAAAGUGGAAUGGUUCCGAAACUCGUCAGACUAUUUUGUUACAUGUUCUUGUUAGCUUUUUUGGAACUGACCGUGCACAACGUUCGAUAGAAUUUCUUUAUUUUGAACGUACUAACCAGAAGAAACAUUGCAUUAAUUUAUUCAGUUAAAAUUAAUUUUGUGAACAANAAGAAAAAGAAACCCGGGUUAAAUUUAACCUCGGGUUAAGCGCUAAUCAGCCUUCGAACAACUGGGCCCAGGGGCCCGUUUCUCGAAAGUCCCGAUAAUUAACGGGCCCGUAAAGCUGUUGUUGUUUACAUACAAGAUAGAGGUUUCAACAGUUUUGCAUCUAACACGACAAAACCAUCAGUUCAUGAAACAAAAUGGAAUAGUUUUCUAGCCAGGACCCGCGCUCUUAUUCUUUAUAUUUCGAUUGGAAUAUUUGAUUUCGGGCCCGAAAAGUUACCGGGUCUUUCAAGAAACGGGCCCCAGGAGGGGCAGCCGGCCCGCUAAUUACCCCUUUCAGAGUGGACAAUGUUGUAAGGCGAUUCUAACGUUUGAGUCUUUGGGCAAAAUUCUAUGCUGUUACCAUGGAAAUGAAACCUCUUUGGCCAAACGUAAGCUUAGCACUACAGUGUUCAGUUUGUUUUCUGUAUUUCACAAAGUGAAAUUUGGAAAUUUUGUCGAAUUUUGACUUUGGCUUCUUCUGGCCAUAGUUAUUAAAGUGGAAUGGUUCCGAAACUCGUCAGACUAUUUUGUUACAUGUUCUUGUUAGCUUUUUUGGAACUGACCGUGCACAACGUUCAAUAGCAUUUCUUUAUUUUGAACGUACUAACCAGAAGAAACAUUGCAUUAAUUUAUUCAGUUACAAUUAAUUUUGUAAACAAAAACCAAAGGAUUGUGCACGGUCAGGGAGCUUCCAACAUAAACUAGAGUACCGUUGUUUUCAACUUUGAUGUUUGCCGGAUUCCUAACCAGUCUCCUCUUCUAACUAUGUUAGACAGCGAAAAUCAACUUUCUGAUUACAUGACAACCGAUCCAUCCCGGGUUAGGGAUCCCGAUAUCGGCUGGCCAGCCCGGCGAAUCAAACCAACAACUUGACUCGCUCGGCAUAAAGGGCAGGCGAUAAAACAAGCCAACGUAACCUGGCUCUUGUAAUCAGCGACAUCGUCUAAGUUCAUUUGCGUGAGGACAAAGACCUUUUUUAGGUCACGUGCGGUCUCGGCUUGACAAACAGGUUGGGCUGCUUUUCCGUGACGUCGUGACAAUAUUACAACUAUUCUGUAAAACUACCAAUCAAACAACAACAACAAACAAACAGGGCUCGGCUUUUUUCUUUAAAUGUGUCGAAACCAAGGCUUCACGUAGUCAUACAAGUAAGCUUUUCCACAAGUUUGGUGCACUAGAAAAGAAUCAGUUUGUCAGUCUUGUCUUUCUCUUGCAGACAUCGAUGAAUGCCAAACCAACAAUGGCGGCUGUCAACACAGCUGUAUAAAUACAAAUGGUAGUCACCAGUGUGCUUGUAAUAAAGGAUAUUUUCUCAACGUUGACAAGGUCAAAUGUGAAGGUGGGCAAUGA